AUGUCCCGCUGGGAGUGGUAACAGCGAAACCGGGAGGACUUUGGCUUCACAACCGCAGAGCCAGUGUUGACUUUACUACCUCUGAGGUCACAUUUCACAUUCAGCAACAAGGUCAUGGACUCCCUGUCAGAGAUGCAGUUUCAGUGUUGCAUCUGUCAGGAUGUUUUCUCUGAGCCCGUCUCCAUCCCCUGCGGUCAUAGCUUCUGCUUCACCUGCAUCACAUCACACUGGGUCGACAGUCUUGCCGUCAGCUGUCCCAAAUGUCAGGCGGUCUUUGAGGGCCGCCCAGAGCUUUGCCAAAACUCCUUUGCCAAAGAAAUGUCAGAGCAGAUCCGAGCCAAAAAGCAGAACGGUGUGUUGUCAAUGACAGGGGAAUUCAUAAAUUGUGAUGUGUGCGUGGGAAAGCAAACAAAGGCCCUGAAGUCCUGCCUUGUGUGUCUGACCUCAUACUGUGAGUAUCAUCUGGAACCACACAUGAGAGUUGCCACCUUGAAGAUUCACAAGCUGAUUGAACCUGUGGCAUCGCUGGAGAACCGGAUGUGUAAAAGGCACCAAAGACUCCUGGAGCUGUUCUGCAGGAGCGACCAGAGGAGUGUGUGCGUGCUGUGCACCGAGACCGACCACCGCUGUCACGACACCGUCCCAGUGGAGCGAGAGAGUCAGGAGAAGAAGGCUCAGAUGAAAAGCAUCGAGGCUGAUGUUCAGCAGAUGAUCCGGGACAGACUGCAGAAAGUGGAGGAGAUCAAACACUCUGUGGAGCUCAGCAAAGAAAACUCAAAGAGGGACAUCGUGGAAAGCAUGGAGGUCCUCUCCACCCUGCUUCGUUCCUUGGAGAGCCUUCAGGAGGAGCUGGUGGAGAUGAUCAAGAGGAAGCAGGAAGCAGCAGAGCAGAGGGCGGCGAGGCUCCUCACAGAACUGGAGCUGGAAAUCACUGAGCUGGAGAAGAAGAGGAGUGAGAUGGAGCGGCUUUCUCACACUGAGGACCACCUCCAUCUUCUGCAGAGGUUUCCAGCUCUGAGUUCGCCUCCGUCUGCCAAAUCCUGCUCUGACAUCAUCGUACAUUCAGACACAUGUUUGGGGACUGUGAGGAGAGCGGUGGCCAACAUUGAACAGCAGUUUCAAUCAGCUUUGAAAGAGCUUUCUAUUCAAGAGCAUGAGAAGAUGCAGCAGUAUGCAGUUGAUGUUCAUCUGGACCCCAGGACAGCCAACUCGUGGCUGGUUCUAUCAGAGGAUGGGAGACAGAUCUGGGAUGGAGAUGUUGAACAGAACCUGGAGGACAGACCAGAGCGUUUUGACACGGCACCGUGUGUCCUUGCCUCCAGGGGUUUCACCACAGGGAGGCACUACUGGGAGGUAGACGUGGGAGAGAAAACAGCGUGGGACUUGGGUGUGGCUCGACACUCAGUCAGCAGGAAGGGUUUGGUCACACUGAGUCCAGAGGACGGUUAUUGGACUAUUUGUUUGAGGAAGGGCAGUGAGUACCGGGCAUGUGCAGGACAGGCGGUGCUUCUGUGUCUCUCUCAGAGGCCGCAGGUUGUUGGGGUGUUUUUGGACCACGAGGACGGGAAGGUGUCCUUCUAUGAUGCAGAGGCCAAGUCACACAUCUAUUCCUUCACACAGUUCCAGUUCACAGAGGCCAUGUUUCCCUUUUUUAACCCAGAUAUGUGUGACAGCGGCAGCAACAAGUCACCACUUAUCAUCCGCCCCGUCAGUGAAGUCAAUGGAGGCGGGGAAUUAGAUGACAUUACAAUAUAA